AUGGACACAACCGGAAGUCAAGCUGGAGCUAAUAACCAACAAUCGGUUCAGCCAACUGAUCAAUCUCCAGUGCUGAAUGUCUCAGAAGCAAAUUCAUCCAAUACUGCAGCUACAGCUGCUACGGUCGUGCCAUCAUCGAUUUCUCCGCCUGAUCUUCCUAUCACCCCUGCUCCUGAUGCAAAUGCUUCCACUAGCAACCAGGGAACAUCUAGUUCAGGGUCCGCUAACUACAAAUUGAUGGCGACCAUGAAAGGUCAUACCAAGUCGAUUUCUUCUGUAAAGUUCUCACCCUGCGGAAAAUACCUUGGAACAAGCAGUGCCGACAAAACUGUCAAAAUUUGGAAUAUGACCGAAAUGACUUGUGAGAGAACUCUUGCUGGACACAAAUUGGGAGUGAAUGAUUUCGCCUGGACGGCUGACAGCAAAUCUAUCGUCUCCGCAUCCGAUGAUAAGACAUUAAAAAUUUUUGAUGUGGCUGCUGCAAGAAUGACUAAAACACUGAAAGGACAUAAUAACUAUGUAUUUUGUUGUAAUUUUAAUCCUCAAUCGUCUCUCGUGGUUUCGGGAUCGUUUGACGAAUCUGUUCGAAUUUGGGAUGUCAAAACCGGCAUGUGCAUCAAAACGCUUCCUGCUCAUUCUGAUCCUGUCUCAGCAGUCUCAUUCAAUCGCGACGGCAGCCUCAUUGCAUCGGGAUCAUAUGAUGGCUUGGUCCGAAUUUGGGAUACUGCGAAUGGGCAAUGUAUUAAAACACUGGUGGACGACGAGAAUCCCCCAGUUGCAUUUGUAAAGUUUUCACCCAACGGAAAGUAUAUACUUGCGUCAAACCUAGACAGCACUCUGAAGCUGUGGGAUUUCACGAAAGGAAAAACAUUGAAACAAUAUGUUGGUCAUGAAAACAGCAAGUAUUGCAUUUUCGCAAAUUUCUCUGUUACUGGCGGAAAGUGGAUUAUUAGUGGCUCCGAAGACUGCAAGCUGUACGUAUGGAAUCUACAGACAAAGGAAGUUGUACAGACGCUUGAAGGUCAUACAGAGCCCGUCCUUGCUUCUGACUGUCACCCAAUGCAAAACAUGAUUGCUUCUGGAGCCCUCGAACCAGAUAACGUUAUCCGCCUGUGGCGCUCGGAGGCAUAA